AUGAGGAGGGCAGCUAGGAAGCCCACUAAUUUGGCUAAGGUGGCUGAAGUGGUCCAGAAAUCAGAUGAGUCGCCAGGGGUUUAUUUGGAGCGCCUGAAGGAAGCCUACCGGCAGUUUACCCCUCUGGACCCGGACGAUCCUGCCAAUGCUCCGGUUGUUAAGGCAGCCUUUGUGGCCCAAGCCGCUCCCGAUAUUCGCCGAAAAAUUCAGAAAACCGAAGGGUUCCUGGGCCAUGGGCUGGAGUGGAUGUUAGAGGUGGCACAAACCACGUAUAACCAGAGAGAUGAGGUAGCCCAGAAGAAGAAAGAAAAUUACCAGGCUAAGAAACUCAUGGCUCUGCGCGCCAGCAACAGCGGCACGGGGGAACCUGCCCGGGGAGGCCUGGCCCACCAAGACUGAGCGGUCAUCUGAAGUUGCUAGGUGUCUGCUCCGGGAAAUCAUUCCCCGCUAUGGCUUGCCCCGCUCCAUAGGGUCGGACAAUGGUCCAGCUUUUGUGCACAAAGUAUUGCAGGAGAUAGCUAAGCUCUUGCAGAUAAAUUGGAAGUUACAUAGUGCAUACCGACCCCAGAGUUCUGGAAAAGUAGAGAGGAUGAACAGGACUUUGAAAAAUCAACUGUCCAAAUUGACACAAGAGACAGGGUCCAAUUGGGUAGCGAUGUUGCCCCUCGCCCUGCUCCGGGUUCAAGUCUCCCAUCCAAGCGAACCCAUCUCUCUCCUUUGAACUGAUGUUUGGGAGACCUGUUCCCUAUGUACGCAUGAUUUCCCCACCCCGGUCCAGGAUGUUGAAACAGAUCAUUAUGUGCAGUCACUCUCCCGCACUCUUCUUUCUCUCAACAGGUGGACCCAGGCUCGCACCCGUGUGUGCUGGUCGAGCCCCUACACCGUUUCGAGCCAGGCGAUGAUGUGUGGGUGAAAGACUGGGCCCAAACUCCGCUACAGCCUUGCUGGAAGGGACCCUAUACUGUGCUUCUCUCUACACCCACUGCUGUCAAGGUUGCUGGCAUCGCCCCUUGGGUCCACCAUACUCGUGUGAAGGCGGCAUCAUCAGACUGGACUGUGUCUCCUAACCCGCAAGAUCCUCUUCGGCUGACCAUCUCCAGGCGCCCGACGGACGACUGCCCUGCUGCUGUCACUCCAGGAAGCUGA